CGUUUAACAUAGUAACCAAAGUACAGUUGAGUGGAAUUUUGUUAAAAAAAUCUUUUUCUCCCCAUUCCAACAAAUGGAACAAAAGGUAGACUAAAACGUUGGAGUUUUGAAGCAAUACAUCAACAAAAGGAGGAUAUCUCAAAACUUAUAACAAACAAGCCAAUUACAUUUAUUGUGAUGAUUAGUUUCCAAUUUUUUUACCUUUAUCUUCAUAAAACUCAUUUACUCAAUAGCAACAUUUUUCAAAUUUUUUAUGGUGAAAGAAGGAUUCCUGCUCUAUUACUCAGAAAAUGAAAAGAAGUCCUUUGACAAAAGAGGCUACUUCAACAUUCAUCCAAAGGGUGUGUUACCAAUUGGAGGAUGUAUAAUUCAACCAUCAUCUGACGUCGGCCAGGAAUAUAUCAUCAAAAUUGGUAGUGACAGCUUCAUAAAUGGCCCAGUAAUAUUGGCAGCAGAAACUCAGUUUGACCAAGAACGAUGGAUUCAAAGUUUGCAAGAGGCAGCUCGUAUAACAUGGGAGAAUUCGCGAAUGGGAGAAUCCAUCAUUCGGGACUUAGAAUCUCAGGGCCUAAAACUGAACAAAGAAAAGCAGUCUUAUGUGGAGAAGUUACAUGAGGAGACAAUUGCAUUACAGGAUGAAAUAGAUAGAAAUGAGGAAUUAGAGAAAUUGAACCUAAUCCUUGAUGAAGAAAAAUGCCGACUUCAGGAAACAAUUGCAGAAUUUAAAAAGGAGCACGAAGCUAUGAAGAGAGAAUAUGAAGAAACCAUAUCAGCAUUGCGAUUAGUACAGCAGGACAAAGAAGCUUUGGAACAAACCACAAGUGAUUUGAUGAAAAAUCUUGCUGAUUUAGAAGAAGAAAAGCUGAGAAUCCAUGAGCAUCUGAACAGGAAAGACACAAAUUGCCAUGGAGAAGAGAAAGCAACGGAAAAGUUACAUGAAGAUUUACAAGAUAUUGAGGAAGAGACAAGAUGCCUGUUGGAGGAAAAGACUGAAAUUGAAAUAAGGUAUCAAGAAAAUGAAUUACGAGCAAAGUUAUUGGAGGAAGAAAAACAGCUAAUUUCAGAAGAAUCGUCAAAACUUCUAUCCUCACUGAAUGAUCUGCUAACACAAAAGGAUCUUCCAGAGUCAGAUUUGUUGUUAGAAAUGUCUGCUCGUAUAGAUGCUGAAAAACAGUUAAAACUUGCUCAAGAUUCUGUUUACAAGCUUGAAGGAGCUCUUGAGACAGAAAUUAACCCUUUAGAGUUGCGCACAAAAAUUUUGCCUGAUGUGAAAAAGUUGCGACAAUUUUUUGAACAUGUUGCUGAAGAAGCAAAGAUAGAUGCAAACAUGCCAGUCAUAAUGAAGAAUGCUGUUUAUGCUCGUAAGAAAUUAGCUAAGAAAGCAAGAUCACAGGUGAUAGAGCAGUCACGUCAGGAAAAAGCGAAAACUUUAGGGCUCAACUUUGAAGACUCUCCAUCUGCUGAUCAACCCCUCAGAAGAUCAUUGUCAAUAAUGAUUUCCAAAAAUAGUUUAAAGCCACAGCUCACAAGAUCAAAAUCACUAAGAAUGAAUAAUGGCUAUUUCAGAAAUUCAACCAGCUCAGAUGGACAAGAAGAAGAUUCUUUAUCAAGGCCCAAAGCCGAUGGUAGCACUUAGGCAUGAGAAAAGUGAUGAACUGUGCUGCAUUUUAUUUUCUCUUUUGUUGCUACUUCACCAGUAGAGAGAGAGAGAGAGAGAGAGAGAGAGAGAGAGAGAGAGAGAGAGAGAGAGUGCAAUUGUGUAAAUAUAGCUACAAAGAUUUAUGAUGAAGAUCUGUUAUUUUUAUUUUUGUGGAUUCUGGAACUUUUUAUUUUAGUUUGUUAUUCCAUGUCUUUGGUUGGUACUUAAUAGAUAUGAGGAAGAAUGUGAGGCAUGUUCAGACUAUAAAAAUAACAAAUUGCAGAGGGUGAAAUUGCAGUCCUAUAGUGAUUUGCUAACUUAAUGCCACUUUUGACAUCUUAGUGUUGGGUAUCUUAUAAUGUUUCUAUUCUAAACUGUUAAAUAUACAAGCAUAGUUUACUACAAGUUGAGGACACUGUUUUAUUCAUGCUUACCUUCUUGUUAUCUUUAUUACUGUCAGGCAUGUACAAGCAUUUAGUGAAGGUAUGAAAUAUUAGUGAAUGGUUUCUCAUACCUUUACUCGCAGCCAUCACCAACAUAUUGAUGCACAUUUUCUGUGUGGGUUCGACUGGAAGUAUCUUCAUUGUUUCCUUUCUGUCCUAGAUCAAGACACUCCAUGUCUAGGAUUUAUAUUGGAUGUCCAUGUCUUUUAUAUUCUUUGGCAUUCAGCUCUUACCCAGUAUUUUCUUUUUACUCUUCUUUUGUAGUUUCUGUAGUACAUUUCAUCAAAAAUAUUAAUGAUCCACAGUACAAAGGUUAAUACAUUCUACAUGCUUCUCUAUAACUAUGUGAGCAUUUUGCUUGAACACAAGUACUCCACUAGAAGUAUUACCCUUUCACAUCAUAUUAAAAAGUUACUUCUGCUGAUACAUUCCAUUAUGGCUGUGUUGUAGACUUUUCUUUGUGAGAAUUUAUUUAUCAGUUAUAUGAAAUAUUUUGUAAAGAUGUAUGUGCAUAGGCUUACAUGACCAAAGUCAGUUUUGAUAAAAUUCUUGUAUGUUGUUUAUUAUGUCAGUUUAUAAAGUAAAUCUACAUUUUGAAACUAUUGCGAGUGGCCUUUAAGUUGUCCUUACAUACUCCAAUGAAGGCCUCUUGCAGUUGUGAUUGAAAAAUUAAUUUUCCUUCCAGUGUGAUAUGAUUUAUCACCUGAAAGAAUAUGAUGCAAACUAUGUAUCUCAAGUUGAAAAGUGGGAACAUCGUAUAAAUGUAAGCCUGUUUCUGACAACAAUAAUUAAUUGUUCCUCAUAAAAUAUCUUUCAUCUGUACCAUUAUAUUGCAGCCAUGUUUUAUGGGUCUUUUGUUGCCAUCAAAUUAUUGUAAAACAUUCUUUUACAUGUGAAUCUGUAUGUAAAUGUGAUAACUCAUUUAUUUCAUGACAAAAAUGUUUUAAACAAUGCUAAAACAAUAAUUUUAAGAAAUUAAAAAUUUGGAAGAUUAUCUACUUUGCAUUUCCAUAAAAAGAUAAAUGUAGAGUUUUGGAAUACUCCAGUAUUGGUCAUCUGAAAUUAUAAUAUUAAAAAGACAAUUUAUAUAAAACUGCCUGUGAUAUAAGUGUUUGUCUUUAGAUCCAUGAUUGAAUUAUGAAAUGUUUAAUCUUUGUGAAUGAUGUAGAGCAGCUAUUUUUGUAGUUGUUAAUAUUUUUUAUGUUUAAGAAUGUAACAUGUGCUUUAAAUGGUUCUCAGAGGAUAUAUGAUGAAUUAAGCUAUCAUCCUUUGGGCAUCUAAAGUUUUGAAUAUUUAUGUGAAUGCAGGAUUAUGAAAAGAAUGAAAUUGUAUCUGAGAGGUAUGUAACAAUUUAAUGCCACAGGAAAUAUAUUGAAAUUUAUAGAAAUGGCAUGAUGCAUAAUAAUAUUAUGAAGUACUUAUAUUUUCAACAAAACUGAAAAAAAUUAUCUGUUUCUACAUUCCAGUCAAAAAUAUCAGGAAAAAAUUAACCCUCUAAAUUGUAGUAUUCAUAACUCAUACUUUCAGUUGACUUUACUUUUGUAUGCAGACACAAACUUCUGAAACACUGCAAUAAUAAUCCUAAUGUUGUUAUAUUAACCAGAUGCAGAGAAAAAUUGUUACUGUGGUUUCCUUACACUUCACUUCAUUGCUGGAACAAAGUUGUGAGCAGCAUACAGUAUCUGGCAGCCAUGUGAGCUAUUUGUGGUGGAGUGAUUUUGUUGCAGUAGUUUAUGAGCUUAUAAUUAACACAGUCUUUAUAAAUAAAAAAUAAAAUGUUACAAGGACCUACAUAUGUUACUUUGAGAGCUACUUGAAAAGAGGGGAAAUUAAGAAAAAACUGUUGUGAGGUGACAGAGGAAAGGAUAAACUGCUCAGGAUAUGUAUCAAGAGGCACAUAAUACGCUCAAAGAGGGGAUAAUAUUGAUACAGGUUGCUAGUGAAAGAAAUUUGGACGUUAAAGAUGGAAGGCAAAAAACUUUUAUGGAUAAAUAAUUGUGAUGAAAUUUUUAUUAUAUUGUUAUAAUGUGUUAGUCUGUACUUCACUUUCCAGUGUGAGGAAAAUAUAUAAUACAGUAUGUGAACUGAAGAUAAAUAUGUGUUGAGUAUGAUGAAAGAAUACAUGAAUGUAGAUAAAAUAGUUACACCUAACAUUCUAUUGUUAUUUUUGUGCUAAAGCUAUUGACCAUAAUGUUUUGAAGCCUUCCUCAUUGUACUGCGAUUCAAAACUACACUAGAAGAACAUAGCUGCCAUGCCCUAUCAUGAUUUAGUUUCUUAUUUGAACAUUCCUAUUUAGUACUAUUUUUCUGUUAUCUUCUCCAUGUAGUCAAAUGAAAACCUACAUUUAAUACCUCUACAUCCUUAUUAUGGUUCCUAUCACCCACAUGUUGCUUGAAAUUUUCAGCUGUUUCCCACUCUGAUGGUGUUGAUUAGGGAAAUGGGAUCUAAUAUUUGCUAUUUUCUACUUAUCAAUAUUGUAAUUUAUCUCUAGACCCAUGUGAUAAGACAUGUAAUUGUUUAACAUUCAUUUUGAUACAAUGAAUACAAAACAAAACAUAAAAACUGAGAGAUGAGUUAACAAAUUUGGCACCACGGAGAUAAGUGCCCUUGUUUUUGCUUUUAGCUGUUUACUGUUUACGUAAGUUAACAAUUAGGCAGUACUUUUCAAAAUUUGUCACUUACAUUUUGCCUCUGAUAAUUGUAGAACUCUAUGGCUCUUUCAAUGUUGGAAUAAUCACAGAAGACAGCAUUGGUUGCUCCAUUUUGUCUUUGAUUCACAUACAAAGUAAGAAAAAAUGACUGACUGCCCUAUACUGGUCUGUGUAUGAGUGGUGUUAUAGGAUGUGUUCCUCUUGAAAAUAAAAUCUGAGCUUUUCAUCUUUUUUAUAUAGAGAAAUAAAUCAAUUACACUGUAUAGGCUUUGUACUGUGCUGUAAUUAACAAAUGACUUGGAACAGUUGUUUGCAAUAACUUUCUUUGUGCCUUCAGUGAUAGAGUUCCAUAUAUAAUUAAAGUGCUAAGAAUUGUGAUGUAUUUUACCAUAUUGUCAAACAGUUGAUCUUUUUCAAAAACUGAUUGACUAUUGCUAUGUGUGAUAUAUUCUGUGAUGUAAGGUUGGUACCUCUCAGCUCUUGAUCUGGUAUUAGUUAUUCAUAGAUUCAGAUUAUCAUGGGGUUCGCUGUUACUUGUGACAAGAAGUAUAUAAUAAUGUACACUAUAAGAGCAUAAAACAUUACAAUAAAAUGCAAUGUUAAACUUUUUUGUAACAGUUAUGGAAUAUGGUUUGAAAUAAUUGCGUAUAAUAUAUUAUUAAUAAAUCUCUUACUACAGUAUGAAAAGACAUAUUGACAUCACGCCUUUUUAUUUUAACGUUGUACCACAUAAUUUCUGCACUUUCUGUGAAGAUUAGUGUAAUGAGUUCUCAGCUGAAGGUAAAUUCCACAUUAAGAUCAGAUAAACUGCUUUGUUUUUCUCACACAUUUGGAUCUGUCAGUGAUGGUAGGUUUAGACAUUUAGGAAAUUAUACAGAAUUUGUAGUGUAAUGUUAAAUAUAUACAUUACCAUUUUCAGUUAUUGUACUUGUAUAAAUUUUUAGAAUAAUGCAUAGUUCUGAAAUAGUUUCUUCAAUAAUAAUAUGAAAUGCAUGAACUCUAAGUACUAUCAGAUUAUGUGGUCCACUGCUGGAGCUCUGAACCAUUUCACUCACUGUUAAGUCUACAUAUAUAGCUCAGUAAUGUAGUUUUACAUUUACCGUAUUUUGAAAAUGUGGCCGUUUCAUUUCACCAUGUUCAUAAAAAUUAAUUCCUGUGAAAAAAAUACUAUUUAAUUUGUAAAAUACAGUACUUUUGUGAAACCUUGA